AUGGUGGAGAAGGGAAGCAAACCGAGGGCGGCGGAGGUCGUCACCAGGGAGUACACCGUCAAUCUUCAUAAACGCCUCCAUGGAUGUACCUUCAAGAAGAAGGCACCGAAGGCCAUAAAGGAGAUAAGGAAAUUCGCCCAGAAGGCCAUGGGCACAAAGGACGUUCGAGUUGAUGUGAAGUUGAACAAGCACAUUUGGAGCCGUGGGAUUCGGAGUGUUCCCAGGAGAAUCCGUGUUCGUAUUGCGAGAAAGAGGAACGAUGAUGAGGAUGCCAAGGAAGAGCUUUACUCUCUUGUGACUGUUGCCGAGAUUCCAGAAGCAGGGUUGAAGGGAUUGGGCACCCAAAUCAUUGAGGAUGAUGAAUAA